AAACCAUAAUGCUUGAUGCGAUCAAAUUAGCGGUAAACUAGUUCCAUAAUCCACAAACAUUUUCUUCCUAAUACAGAAUUUCCCAUUUCUGGUAUCACAAAAUUUUCAGAUAAAUAACGAACACAAGAAAGCCUUUUGUAAUCUUAGGUCUUGGACCCUGAUUAUGAAUGCCAUCACUUUUCUUGGAAAUUCAACGAUGAUACCUUCACAAUGUAUUCUCCGAGCGUUUACAAGAAUCUCUCCAUCUAAAUACAUCCGAGACACCUCGUUUCGAUCCUAUCCUUCUCGGUUCUCAAGCUGCAUCAACCAAUACAGGAAUGCAGAUUCAGAUAGAAUCAUCAGACCGACAAAUGCUGUGCCAUUUUGUACCGACAGGCAGAGCUCUGUUACAGCUCAGGUUGUUUCUGAGGCAAGAAGUCACUCUGCUUCCACCACAUGCGCAAAUGACACGACCUUGGAUCAGAUUUACACCAAGAACGGCUUAAAUGUGAAACCUUUAGUUGUCGAGAGGUUAAAAAGAGAUGAGAAAGAUGAAGAGGCGGUCAAUGAAGAUGAAGAAGGCGUAAAGAGAGAUGGUUUCGAGGGUGUUAAGUGUAAUGACGUCGAGGAAGAGGCAUGGAGAUUGCUGAGGGAUUCAAUAGUGACAUACUGCGAUUCUCCUGUAGGAACGGUGGCUGCUAAAGAUCCAACUGAUACAACGCCAUCAAACUACGAUCAGGUCUUUAUUAGGGAUUUUGUACCUUCGGCUUUGGCUUUUCUCCUGAAGGGAGAAAGCGAAAUUGUUCGAAACUUCCUUCUCCACACGUUGCAGUUGCAGAGUUGGGAGAAAACAGUUGAUUGUUAUAGUCCAGGACAAGGGUUAAUGCCUGCGAGUUUCAAAGUCAGAACUUUACCGCUUGAAGAGGACAAGUUCGAAGAGGUUCUGGAUCCAGAUUUUGGCGAAGCAGCUAUAGGUCGUGUUGCUCCCGUUGAUUCUGGUUUAUGGUGGAUAAUCUUGUUGAGGGCAUACGGGAAAAUCACAGGAGAUUACUCGCUUCAAGAGAGGAUAGAUGUGCAGACAGGGAUAAAGAUGAUUGCAAACCUGUGUUUAGCAGAUGGGUUUGAUAUGUUUCCCACACUGUUGGUCACUGAUGGCUCUUGUAUGAUAGAUCGACGUAUGGGUAUCCACGGUCACCCUCUUGAGAUCCAAGCUUUGUUCUAUUCCGCUCUACGGUCUUCUCGUGAGAUGAUAACUGUAAAUGAUAGCUCCAAAAAUAUAAUAAAGACAAUUAGCAACAGGCUCAGCGCAUUAUCAUUUCACAUCAGAGAAAACUAUUGGGUUGACAAAAACAAAAUCAAUGAAAUUUACCGUUACAAGACAGAGGAGUACUCUAUGGACGCCACCAACAAGUUCAAUAUCUACCCGGAACAGGUUUCUCCAUGGCUAAUGGAUUGGGUUCCUGAAAGUCCUGACUCUGGAUUCCUGAUAGGAAACCUCCAGCCUGCUCACAUGGAUUUCAGGUUCUUCACCUUGGGAAACCUCUGGUCAAUCAUCUCCUCACUAGGAACACCAAAACAGAACCAAGCUAUAUUAAAUUUGGUUGAAGAGAAAUGGGACGAUCUCGUUGGGCAUAUGCCGCUUAAGAUAUGUUACCCGGCUUUAGAAUCUUCAGAGUGGCAUAUAAUAACCGGGAGUGACCCAAAGAACACGUGAGUUUUCUUCUCUUCCGCUUUGAUACUUUUUGCUGAAGUAGCUUACAGUGAUAUUUUCUACAUGUAUGUGUUCUGUAGGCCUUGGUCUUACCACAAUGGUGGGUCAUGGCCAACACUUCUCUGGCAAUUCACACUAGCAUGCAUCAAGAUGGGUAGACCAGAGUUAGCAGAGAAAGCAGUAACCUUGGCAGAGAAGAGGCUCCAAGCUGAUCGAUGGCCAGAGUACUACGAUACAAGAGACGGGAAGUUCAUUGGAAAACAGUCCAGGCUUUACCAGACAUGGACAAUUGCUGGUUUCUUAACUUCAAAACAGCUAUUGCAGAAUCCUGAAAUAGCAUCAUCCUUGUUCUGGGAAGAAGAUCUUGAGCUUCUAGAGUCUUGCGUCUGCGUUCUCACCAAAUCAGGCCGGAAGAAAUGUUCACGAGCCGCAGCAAAGUCUCAGAUUCUUAUAUAAAUUGGUUUUGUCCAGAAAACAGACAUAGGAUAACAACUUCCUGUUGCAACAAAUGUGUUAUACAGGUUAACCAAAUUAAUAGUGCAACAACAUCUGUAUAUAUAUACUAUAUAGUAGUUCUUUUCUACAAA